AUGUCAGGAGAGGAAAUCUUGUCAUCAAAUGAAGAAGAUUGUAAUAAAUCUCAGCCUCCAUUUGUUAACAGAAGUGGCUACAAUUCAAGAACAGGCAUCUAUCACUCUCUAGUUAAGCUUGACACUAAGCACGAAAUCCCAACAAAGCCUGACCUUAACACUGCCAAUUUUGUGCUGUCACAGUUCCCACAAGCACACCUUGCUGAGGCCAAAACUGCAUUCAUUGAUGCAAGCACUAAUCUGAGUGUUAGCUAUAGUGAGCUAAGAAGGUAUACUUACUCCCUUGCAGCAGCUUUGUUCCAUGGACUUGAGGUUAGGAAAGGUGAUGUGGUAUUUGUAUUGUCACCAAACUCAACCUUGUACUCAGCUAUAUGCCUAGCUGUGUUAUCAGUUGGAGCAGUUCUGACCACUGCCAACCCCAUCAACACUGCAUCAGAAAUUGCGAAACAAGUGCGUGAUUCGGGUGCUAAACUGGCCAUCUCCUCACCAGAGGAGCUACACAAAUUGGACCCAACUGGGGUUCCUACAAUUCUCACUUCUCGUUCUUCUGAUGGCCGCAUGUUAUCAGUUGAAGAGUUAAUAGAAGGUUGUUAUGAUUCAACAGAAUUCCCACAAGUUCCAGUGGCACAAUCAGAGACUGCUGCUAUACUUUACUCUUCAGGGACCACAGGGAUAAGCAAAGGUGUGGUUUUAACUCAUGCAAAUCUCAUUUCCAUAAUGAGAUUAGUUUUAUGGUCUGCUGAUGUCAGUGGAUCCCAAGAUGAUAUUUACUUAGCCUUCAUUCCAAUGUUUCACAUCUAUGGACUUGUGUUCUUUGGCUUAGGAUUGUUGUGUGUUGGUAUCACAACAGUUUUGAUGCAGAAGUUUGACUUCCAAUGUAUGCUGGAUGCAAUCCAGAAGCACAAGGUUAGCAACAUACCAGCAGUGCCACCGGUGAUCCUUGCGCUAGUAAAGUAUUCAAGCAAAGCAAGUUGUGACUUGUCCAGCCUAAGAAGAGUGGGAACAGGUGCUGCACCUUUGAGCAAGGAAGUGGCACAGGAGUUCAGGAAGAUUUUUCCAUGGGUUGAACUAAGGCAAGGUUAUGGACUAACAGAAAGUAGUGGUGGAGCAACAUUUUUUGUCUCGGAUAAAGAUGCUAAAGCUCAUCCAGAUUCAUGUGGGAAGCUGAUUCCAACAUUUUUUGCAAAAGUUGUAGACACUGAAACGGGGAAGCCUUUGCCUCCUCACAAAGAAGGAGAGUUGUGGUUCAAAAGUCCUACUAUUAUGAAAGGGUAUCUAGGAAAUUUGGAGGCAACAAGUGCAACAAUUGAUUCAGAAGGUUGGUUGAGGACUGGUGAUCUUGGUUACAUUGACGAGAAUGGAUUUGUUUACAUAAUUGAACGGAUAAAAGAACUAAUCAAGCACAACGGGUAUCAGGUGGCUCCUGCAGAACUGGAAUCUGUGCUGCUAAGUCAUCCUCUUAUAGCUGAUGCAGCAGUAAUACCGAUUGAAGAUGAAGAAACUGGACAGAUACCAAUGGCAUAUGUGGUGAGAACAGGUGGUUCAGAACUCUCAGAAGACCAAGUCAUUGAAUUUGUUGCAAACCAGGUGGCUCCAUAUAAGAAAGUGAGAAGGGUGAGUUUCAUUGACACUAUUCCAAAAUCAGCUGCUGGCAAGAUAUUGCGAAAGGAUCUUGUUUCUCAGAGCAAAUAUCAAGUUGUCUCCAAGUUAUGA